AUGCUCUUACUCAUUGGAAUUCUCCCUCCUCCGCCGCCUCGGGUGCUAUUUUUCUUCUUACGGAUCAGCUCAAGUGCCUCAGACCAAGCCUUUGUGAGUCCGACAUGCUUCAAACAGCACGCAGCAGCUUGUGUGCAGCAGAUGCAGAUGUACUGGAACAGUGCGAUCCAAGAGUCCACUGCCAAAGGCCUCAGCACCUGCCCGGGCUCUGGGGGAGAGGAGGGGGGAGGAGGGGGGAGGAACGUCUUGGCCCGGGCCCUUUGUGCUCCUCCUCCGAUCAUGGAGAACCACCAGCAUUAG